CUCCUGGACAUGCUCCUCUCACACUGCCAGCGGAGGAUACACGAGGAGGAGGAGGAAGAGGAGACGAGGAGAAACAGCUGCCUCUUCUCUCCCAUCACUCCAUCACGUUGAAAAGAGCAGAGCAACAACCAAAAAAAAAAGAGGACACACAGGAUUUACUUUCAUACUUGCAAAAAAAAUAAUAAUAAUAAUAACCCCUACUCUUCCCCAUUCUCCUUUUCAAGGAGGGCAUUUUUCUUCCCUUUCCCCCCCUUUCCUUUUCUACCCCGAUUUUUUCCUCUGAGAUCCCGGUUUUGUUUUUGCCACCAGCAAGCCCCUGAACUUCUCUGGGAUUUCAGGUGAGGUGCGCGUGUGCAGUGUGUGGUGCUUUUCCCGUCUUUUUUCACUACCUAUCAUGGCUCACGCGGCCUCCCAGCUGAAGAAGAAUCGGGGGGAAGUGGAUGUGAAUGCAAUAGAGGACGAGAAGGAGAAGCGGAGGAAGAGCAGGAGAGCGUCGUCCCGGGAACAAAAGAGAAAGUCUGACAGUAAUGCUAGUUACCUGCGAGCUGCCCGGGCGGGGAACCUUGAAAAAGUCCUUGACUACCUCAAGUCUGGAGUUGAGAUUAAUAUUUGCAAUCAGAAUGGCCUAAACGCUCUUCAUCUGGCCUCCAAAGAGGGACAUGUAGAGGUUGUUGCUGAGCUGCUGAAGCUCGAAGCCACUGUGGAUGCAGCCACAAAGAAAGGAAACACUGCUCUGCACAUAGCCUCACUGGCUGGCCAGGCGGAAGUCGUCAAAGAACUGGUUACCAAUGGAGCCAACGUCAACGCACAAUCUCAGAAUGGCUUCACCCCUCUCUACAUGGCGGCGCAAGAGAACCACCUGGAGGUGGUGCGGUUCCUUCUGGAGAACAAUGCCAGCCAGAGCAUCGCCACCGAGGAUGGCUUCACCCCUCUGGCGGUGGCCCUCCAGCAGGGCCAUGACCAGGUGGUCUCCCUGCUGCUGGAGAACGAUACAAAGGGCAAGGUGCGUCUGCCUGCCCUGCACAUCGCCGCACGCAAGGACGACACCAAGGCCGCGGCCCUGCUCCUGCAGAACGACCACAAUGCCGAUGUGGAGUCCAAGAUGAUGGUGAAUAGAACAACAGAGAGCGGCUUCACUCCCCUGCACAUCGCAGCACAUUAUGGCAACAUUAACGUGGCCACGUUGCUGCUGAACCGAGGGGCUGCUGUGGACUUCAUGGCUCGAAACGACAUUACUCCGCUUCAUGUGGCAUCGAAAAGGGGCAACAGCAACAUGGUGAAGUUACUACUAGACAGAGGGUCCAAAAUAGACGCAAAGACCAAGGAUGGUCUGACGCCUCUUCACUGUGGAGCGAGGAGCGGGCACGAACAGGUGGUAGAAAUCCUUUUGGACCGAGGAGCGCCCAUCCUGUCCAAGACCAAGAACGGCCUGUCGCCGCUGCACAUGGCCACUCAGGGGGACCACUUGAACUGCGUCCAGCUCCUGCUGCACCACGACGUGCCAGUGGACGACGUCACCAACGACUACUUGACGGCGCUGCAUGUCGCCGCGCACUGCGGGCACUACAAGGUGGCCAAGCUCAUCGUGGACAAGAAGGCCAAUCCGAAUGCAAAAGCUCUGAACGGCUUCACUCCACUUCACAUCGCUUGCAAGAAGAACAGAGUAAAAGUGAUGGAGCUUUUGCUGAAGCACGGGGCGUCCAUACAGGCCAUAACAGAGUCCGGCCUAACGCCGAUCCACGUGGCAGCCUUCAUGGGCCACGAGAACAUCGUUCACGCACUGACACGCCAUGGAGCGUCGCCCAACACCACCAACGUUCGAGGGGAAACGUCUCUCCACAUGGCGGCGAGGGCUGGCCAGGCAGAUGUAGUUCGUUAUCUGCUGAAGAACGGAGCCAAGGUGGACACCAAGUCCAAGGACGACCAGACAGCGUUGCACAUCUCCAGUAGGCUGGGAAAGGUUGACAUCGUCCAGCAGCUGCUGCAUUGUGGGGCCUCCGCCAACUCUGCCACCACUUCAGGUUACACGCCCCUUCACCUGGCCGCCCGCGAAGGGCACCAGGAUGUCGCCUCCAUGCUGCUGGAAAACGGUGCCUCACUUUCCUCCUCCACAAAGAAAGGGUUCACGCCGCUGCAUGUAGCAGCAAAGUACGGCAAGAUGGAGGUGGCCAGUUUGCUUCUUCAGAAGAGAGCCCCACCUGACGCUGCAGGAAAAAGUGGGCUAACUCCGCUGCAUGUAGCCGCUCACUACGAUAAUCAGAGAGUGGCGCUGUUGCUGCUGGAUCAGGGAUCUUCCCCUCAUGCUGCCGCCAAGAACGGCUACACGCCUCUCCACAUCGCUGCCAAAAAGAACCAAAUGGACAUCGGGACCACACUGCUGGAGUACGGCGCAGACACCAACGCGGUAACGCGGCAGGGCAUCAGUCCAAUUCACCUGGCGGCGCAGGAGGGCAGUGUGGACCUCGUGUCCCUGCUGCUGGCCAAGAAUGCUAACGUCAAUGUGUGCAAUAAGAGUGGACUCACACCCCUGCACCUAGCAGCUCAGGAAGACAAGGUCAACGUUGCAGAAAUCCUUGUAAUCAACGAGGCUGAUGUCAAUUCACAAACAAAGAUUGGAUACACUCCCCUACAUGUGGCCUGUCACUAUGGCAACGCAAAGAUGGCAAACUUUCUUCUGCAGAACCACGCCAAAGCCGACGCCAAAACAAAGAACGGCUACACUCCACUCCACCAAGCAGCUCAGCAGGGCCACACCCACAUCAUCAACCUGCUGCUUCAGCACGGAGCCUCGGCCAACGACCUCACCGUGAAUGGAAACACUGCCCUUUCAGUGGCCCGCCGUCUGGGGUACAUCUCUGUAGUGGACACUCUGAGGCCCAUGACUGAUGAUAACCUCUCAGCUAUGAGUGCCUCGGAAAAACACAAAAUCAAUGUCCCGGAGACCAUAAAUGAGUUCCUUGACAUGUCAGAUGAUGAAGGUGAGGAUGCGAUGACCGGUGACACUGACAAAUACCUGCGACCUCAGGACCUCAAGGAGCUGGGGGAUGAUUCUCUCCCGCAGGAGGGCUACAUGGGCUUCAGCAUAGGAGCGCGCUCUGCCAGCCCUAGGAUCAGCCUCCGCUCAUUCAGUUCGGAUAGGUCCAACACUCUCAACCGGAGCUCCUUUGCCAGAGACAGUAUGAUGAUUGAGGAGAUCCUGGCCCCCACAAAAGACACGCUUCAAAGUGUCUGUAAAGACAUUUCCUACCUGGUCGACCCACUUAAUAAGCACCUCGCCGUCACCAGGGACCACAGUUCGGACUGCAUGCGACGCUACAGCUGGACUCCGGACACCAUGGACCAUAGUCACAACACCGUGUCCAGCCCCAUUCACUCUGGCGUCUCGUCCCCACUCGCUCAGUACGACUCCAGAUUCUUGGUCAGCUUCAUGGUGGACGCCCGUGGCGGUUCAAUGAGAGGAAGCCGCCACAAUGGGUUGCGCAUCAUCAUUCCUCCCAGGAAGUGCACAGCGCCUACACGCAUCACCUGCCGCUUGGCUAAAAGGCACAAACUGGCCUACCCUCCACCCAUGGUGGAGGGGGAGGGCCUGGUCAGUCGGUUGGUGGAGGUUGGACCUGCUGGCGCUCAGUUCCUUGGUCCAGUUAUUGUGGAGAUUCCUCAUUUUGGUUCAAUGAGAGGGAAAGAAAGGGAGCUAAUUGUGUUGAGGAGUGAUAACGGCGACACUUGGAAGGAGCACCAGUUUGACACCAGGCCAGAAGAUCUCACUGAACUGCUAGCUGGGAUGGAGGAAGAAAUGGACAGUCCGGAUGAAUUGGAGAAAAAGCGCAUCUGCCGCAUCAUCACCAGGGAUUUCCCCCAGUAUUUUGCUGUGGUGUCCAGGAUCAAGCAGGAGUCCAAUCACAUGGGUCCAGAUGGAGGAGUGCUGUCCUGCAGCACGGUGAACAUGGUCCAGGCCUCGUUCCCGCAGGGGGCUCUAACCAAGAGGAUCCGCGUGGGCUUACAGGCUCAGCCGGUGCCAGAUGAGUUAGUUAGGGCGGUUCUUGGAAACAGAGCCACUUUCAGCCCCAUUGUCACCGUGGAGCCCAGAAGGAGAAAGUUUCAUAAGCCCAUCACCAUGACGAUCCCCGUCCCUCCCAGAUCGGCAGAAGGCCAUCCCAGCGGCCAGCGGGGCGAAUCUGCGCCGUGCCUGCGUUUGCUCUGCAGCAUCACAGGAGGGACGUCUCCUGCGCAGUGGGAGGACAUCACAGGAACCACGCCGCUGUCUUUUGUAACGGACUGCGUUUCCUUCACCACAAAUGUAUCGGCCAGGUUCUGGCUCGCAGACUGUCACCAGAUUCCUGAGACAGUAAGCCUAGCGUCUCAGUUAUACCGGGAGCUGAUCUGCGUGCCGUACCUGGCCAAGUUUGUGGUGUUCGCAAAGAUGAAUGACACUGUGGAAGCCCGGCUGCGCUGCUUCUGCAUGACGGAUGACAAGGUGGACAAGACUCUAGAGCAACAGGAGAACUUCGAAGAAGUGGCGCGCAGCAAAGACAUUGAGGUUCUAGAAGGAAAGCCCAUCUUUGUGGAUUGUUACGGCAACCUUUCACCUCUCACCAAAAGUGGGCAGCAGCUGGUUUUUAACUUCUACUCUUUCAAGGAAAACAGACUUCCUUUCAACGUCAAGGUUCGAGAUGUAGGCCAGGAGCCAUGUGGCCGCCUCUCCUUCCUGAGAGAGCCCAAAACCACCAAAGGCCUUCCACAAACUGCCAUAUGCAAUUUGAAUAUCACACUGCCAACCCACAAGAAGGAUAUGGAGUCUGACCCUGAUGAUGAGACUGAAAAGCCAGAACGACGUCAUACCUUUGCAUCCUUAGCUUUGCGUAAGCGCUACAGCUAUUUGACUGACCCAGCUGCGAAAACAACUGAUCGAAGCCCGCCGAGAACACAGCCUUCUGGCUACCCUCACAAACCUGUCUUUUCAACAAGAUCUUAUCAGGCGUGGUCGCCUGUUCCUGUCACCUGCCCUGGCCAAGCCAAGUCUGGGUUUGGCUCCCUCUCCAGCUCGUCAUCAAACACGCCUUCUGCCUCUCCCUUAAAGUCUGUCUGGUCCAUCAACUCUGCCUCUCCCAUUAAGACCAACAUCCCUGGAUCACCUGCUUCCUCUGUCAAGUCAGUUAGUGACACAGCCUCUCCCAUCCGAUCCUACAUAUCCAUUUCGUCUCCGAUAAAAACUGUAAUCCACCAAUCCCAGUACCCUGUCCAGGUUACCCCCAGCCCCCUGGCUUCACCUGGUAAAAGUGCUUCAGACCCUUUGUCCAUGAAAGGAUUAGCAGCAUUGACUUCUAGGACCCCUAUAACGUCAACUGGAGGAGGAAGUCCUUAUCUUGAGAGAACGUCAAUGGGCCUGACCCCACCAACCUCUCCCAAAUCUUCUCUCAGCAUGUUCAGUUCUUCCCUGCCAUAUAAAACUAUUUUGGGAAGUUCAACUGGUACAACUCCGUCCUCCUCACCUAUAAAAACAGUCCCUGGUCUUACAUCUAUGCGUUCCCUUGCGAUGGAUUCCACUGCUCCGGUAAGAAAUCUAUUCUCCUCCCUUUCAUCACCUCUUAAAUCCAGCAACUCUCCAAGUGCUGCCGCUCUGAUUAAUGGAACUGUGUCACCAGCACAGUACCGCUCUUCAUCACCAACAUCUCAUCUCGCCAGCAGCCUGCAAGAAAGAAUACAAGCAACCACCAAUGCCGCUACAACAAGUGUUAAUGCGGCCUUUGAUGAGGUUGAAAAGACAUUCAAUUCUUGCUCUGCAGGUUACGGCACCCUCAAGUCUUUUUCCUCAUCUGCCUCCUCCUCAUACCAGUCCAUUAGGUCAUCGGCUUCUGGUUCCCUCUAUACCUCCCUGAGAUCCCCUCCCAAUGUCACCACUGCUGUAACUUCAAGUACAAUGACUGUUCCAGUGUACUCUGUGAUUAAUGUGGUUCCAGAGUCCCAGUUGAAAAAGAGAUCUGAGGUGCCUCCCUCAAUUGCUGUCCUUCUGUCACCAAGAAAAAGUAUUCCUUCUGACAUGAGUGUUCAGUCCUCCUUUGUCAGAACUCUGUCCCCUGUCAAAGCACCCCUGUAUUCUCCUGGCAUCAAAUCCAACGCAACAUCACCAUUAUCAUCCAGCCAAGAAAUUCUGAAGGAUGUCGCUGAAAUGAAAGAGGACUUGAUUAGAAUGUCAGCCAUUUUGCAGACAGAACCAAACUCUACAGCCAGCAAAGGGUUUCAGUCUGAUUCUCCUAAAGAGGUUAAGAUAGAGGAUGAGGAGCCAUAUCGAAUUGUGGAGAAAGUAAAGCAGGACUUGGUAAAAGUAAGUGAAAUCCUGACCAAAGAUUCCAGAAAGGACGGUAGAAUUUCUCCUGCAAGAGGUUCAUUGGAUGACAUACACUUCUCAAAAGUCCAAGUUGAACAGCCACCAAGCAACUGGAGUUACCCACCAAGAUAUGAGACAGUAGUUUCUCAAGCAAGAUCAAAACCCAUACCUGACAGAGAUUUCAAUCUGUCUAAAGUGGUUGACUACCUAGCCAAUGAUAAUAGCUCUUUUUCCAAAAUGCAUGACACAAAACAGAAAGCAGAUGAAGGAAAAAGAGAAGCAGAGGGUAAAGAAAAGCAGAAACGAGUCCUCAAACCAACUACAGCAGUUCAGGAGCAUAAGCUCAAAAUGCCUCCUACAACCAUGCGAUCUUCCCCUUCAGAAAAAGAAUUAAGUAAAGUGACUGAUGCACUUUUUGGUGGAGACACUGUGCUGGAAUCCCCUGAUGACAUAUUCCACGAACAGGAUAAAAGUCCUCUCUCAGACAGCGGGUUUGAAACCAGGAGUGAGAGGACUCCAUCAGCUCCACAAAGUGCAGAAGGCACAGGUCCCAAGACUCCUUUUCAGGAUAUCCAAGUUCCACCAGUAAUCACAGAGACUAGAACUGAAGUUGUGCAUGUCAUCAGAAGCUACGAGCCAGAGGACGACAAACAGCUUGCAAUGGAAGAUGUAGAUACUGUUAGAAACAUUGAUUCAGAUUUCAAAAAGCAUCAUACUCCCUCUCUGUCAACUCCAGAUCAGAAUAAAUGCCAUUCAGUAAAAUGUAGCCCUGAUGAAGAUCCAAUGGGAAAGGGAAUGAGGGUAAAAGAGGAAACUCACAUCACGACCACCACUAGGAUGGUGUACCACAAACCAUCUGGCAAAGAAGCACCAUCAGAGAGAUGUGAGGAAACUAUGUCAGUGCAUGAUAUCAUGAAGGCUUUUCAGUCAGGAAAGGACCCUUCCAGAGAGCUAGCUGGACUGUUUGAACACAAGUCUGGCAAUGAGGAGGUUUCACAAAGGUUUCUUGAGGACAUCAACUCCAAACCCAAGGUUGAAAGAAUAAUUGAGGUUCACAUAGAAAAGGGUAGUAAAGCAGAACCAACAGAAGUAAUAAUCAGAGAAACAAAAAACCAUGCAGAGAAGGACAUGUAUUAUUACCCAGGGAGUAGACAAGAUGAUGAGGAGUCACUUCCAGUGUACCUUGAGUCCCCUAGAGUGAAUACACCUCUGUCACAGGAAGAAGACAGUCGUCCUAGUUCUGCUCAGCUAGUGGCAGAUGACUCCUAUAAAACAUUAAAGUUACUUAGCCAGCAAUCUGUAGAGUUUCAUGAAGAUGAGUCAUCAGAGCUUAGAGGAGAAUCAUACAACUUUGCUGAAAAAAUGCUAUUGUCUGAGAAAUUUGAUCAAUCUCAUUCAGACACUGAGGAGUAUCUCAGAGAUAGAUCUCGGUACCACUCACCUGACAGAAGCACUCACGUAAAGGCUAGAUCACCUGGGCCAAGGACAGAGUAUGUAUUUAGGUCAUCAAGAAAUGUCUUUGACAAAUCAGGACGAAUGGCUAAUGUUGAUGAUAAUUUUGACAAACUGACACUUUUGCAGUAUUCCUCAGAGCCCGGUAGCCCAAAACAGUCUGUUUGGAUGCGUGUGCCAGAUGAAACGCAGAUUAAGGAGAGAGAACAGUCUGAAUAUGAGGACAGAGUGGAUAGGACUGUUAAAGAAGCAGAGGAGAAACUUAGUGAGGUAUCUCAGUUUUUUCGUGAUAAAACAGAGCAGCUAAAUGAUGAGCUGUCAUCUCCAGAGAAGAAAUCUCGCAGGCCAGAUUUCAGGGAAUCCCGAUCUGGGCCCAGUUCAACCCAAAGUAGCCCAGAAAGGUCACCAUAUAGGAGUGGGGGUAGUGGGGAGGAGUGGAACAGAGAGAGGUUAAGAGACAGAUUUGGCCCUAGUGAUAGAAAAUGUUCCAGUCUACCCAGCAGUCCUGAAAGAAGAGUAUUGCUCCAGUUAAGUGAUAAUGACCCUAGAAAACAAGGAGAUGGAAAACUACAGGGAAGUGUUGGUGACAGUCCAAAAUCUUUUCAAAUGUCUUCCUCCAAAGUUAGUGCAGUCAGGCUAAAAUUUGAACAAGAGGCUCAGAGGCAAGAUAGGGGAAGUUCAGGGAGUCAAAAUCAAAACCCUCCAAUCAGAAAGCUCCAGGAAACUAGACUACCUGUGUAUCAGAUGUUUUCUGGGUCUAGUUUUCAAAAAGCACCUGACAGUCCAGCAAACCAAAGAAAAUGCAAAGAGACUGAGUCAAAUAAGUCAUCACCCAAGCAUGAGACCAGUGGCAAAGAUCAGGAAGAGAAUAAGUCGUUCAAAACAUGGGAGAGACAGGGGUAUGGACAGUGUAAACCUCAGUCCCCAAAACUAUCCAAUUAUUCAGCUCAGGAUUCCACAAAAGAUUGCAGUAGUGAUUCCCAAAGACAGGAAACAACAAAGAAAAUAAUCUAUACAGAAUUUGUUGUCAGAGAAAGUCCAAGUACCAAUGAUGGGCUAAAAAAAAACUCGGAAUCGCAAAUUCCUGUAAGAAAAUCGUCUAAUUUUUCAGAAAACCACAAAUCCACCUCUUUAAAAUUAGAUGAACCAAGUGAAAGACCAGGGCCUCAUACCCCUACUUUAGGUAGAAAUCGGUUACACAGUAGCUCUGAAUCCAAUAGGUCUACCCGUGGAUCAUCCUUAGGGAAAUCCAGAGUCUCCUCAGAGAGUAGCCAGUCAAAUGUAGUAUGUAAUGGCAUUGAUGAUGAUCAAGUACAGUACUUGGAUCAAGCAACUCCUGUAGUUGUGACUGAGGGUUUCAAAGAUAUUAAACCCUUGCCAGUGUAUGUCAGCAUCCAAGUAGGAAAGCAGUAUGAGAAAGAAACAAGUUCAGGGCAGCUGGGGACAUACAAAAAGAUUGUGAGUCAUGAGAGCAGGACAGUGCAUGAAACGAGAGGCGCAGUUUACAGUGUCAAGCAAAAACAGUCUCCUUCUCCUCAAGGAAGUCCAGAAGAUGACACUUUAGAACAGGUAACUUUCAUGGAUAGCUCUGGAAAAAGCCCUGUAACCCCUGAGACCCCAAGCCCAGAAGAGCUGAGCCUGACAUCCCGAACACCAGACUCUGUGAUAGGUUUUAUGACCAGCAUGCCAAGCACUAUCCCAGAGGAGUCUGAGGAGGAAGAUGGAAAGACCUUCAUCUAUAAAGAGCCCUUAAAAGCAAAAUCCAAGCCAGCCUCUCCAGAGAAUCAAAGUAAAAAGCAGGAAGGAGAAAGAGGGAAGUCAAAGGAAAAAAGAGUUGCUUAUAUAGAGUUUCCGCCCCCUCCUCCAUUAGAGGCCGAGCAGUGCAGUGCUGAGAAAAGGUCUGCACGUACUUCCUCUGAAACAGAGACAGAGAUGAUUGAGGUAAAUCUUCAAGAAGAGCAUGAUAGACACCUUUUAGCCGAGCCUAUCAUUCGAGUCCAGCCUCCUUCUCCUAUUCCCCCAGGGACUGAUAACAGCGACUCUAGUGAUGAUGAGUCUGUCUUCCAUCCCGUUCCUGUCAAAAAGUACACCUUCAAAAUGAAAGAAGAAGAAGAGAAGCAUCAAAAACACAAAAAGUCAGAGAAAAAUGGAACUAAAGAAUCUGGGGUUAAUGGUGGAAAGGGAGAGGAUGCUGAAUUGGAACAAAAUGGAAAUGAUCAGUCCAUCACUGACUGUUCAAUAGCAACAACUGCUGAGUUCUCCCAUGACACAGAUGCUACUGAGAUUGACUCUUUAGAUGGAUAUGAUCUUCAGGAUGAAGAUGAUGGACUAAGUGAAGACCCUAAAACAUCAAGUUUGUCCAAUGAUGGGAAAGCUACUGACCGUUCAUUUAAUCAGUCCAAGCUUGAAGUGAUAGAAGAGGAGAAAUGUGAGGAAGGAGGUGACAAUGGAAAGACUAAAAGUGGCACAUCUGGAGCCAAAGCUAGUGGAGAAAAAAAAGACUAUACCCUUGAAGGAAGACAUCCGGAUAGGAAGGGCUUUGGGGAGAACUAUUUUGGAUACCAAAUUCAAGAUGAGCUGAAUUCAACCUUUAAAACUGUUGCUACCAAAGGUCUGGACUUUGACCCGUGGUCAACAAAAGGGGUUGAUAAUGAAGGGCUUUUUGAGUCUAAAGCAAAAGAAGAGGACCCCAAACCUUACAGUUUGUCGGCUGAAGAAAAAUCACAGGCUACAACACCUGACACAACCCCUGCUCGAACACCAACUGAUGAGAGCACACCGACUAGUGAGCCUAACCCCUUCCCUUUCCAUGAAGGGAAGAUGUUUGAGAUGACACGCAGUGGUGCUAUUGACAUGAGCAAGCGGGACUUUGUUGAAGAGAGGCUUCAGUUUUUCCAGAUUGGUGAGCAUUCCUCUGACCCUAUAACAGGGGAAAAAGGGAGAGGGGGAAAGAUCCUGGGGGUACCUUCCUCUCAGUCAAAAACUGGGGAGAGGUCCACAGUAGAUGGAAAGAUGACAGUUGUAGAUACUACCUUAGACAGCAGCACUAGACCAACAACACCAGCUACAACUGCAGCGAAAUACAACCCUGCACAGCCUGGCAGUGACAUAGGUUGUGCUGUUACUGAUAUUCCUGCCUGUGAAGCCAUAGCUGAGACUGCCUCUUCAUGCACAAUCACAGCCUCUAAGGUUGAUUCCAAAUUACGAACUCCUAUUAAAAUGGGCAUAGCUGCCUCUAUAACUGUGAAAAAAGACUCAGGGGAUCUCGCAGACUGCAAAGCUGAGUUGUCAGAGGGUCAGGUGGUGCCAGAAUACAUUAGUAUAAAGGGUCAGUGUUCAGAGAAAAAGUCUAGCAGUCAUUCUGAGCUUAGAAAAGAAAACAAAGACUACCCAUCUGAAAACUGCAACAACAAUAAUAACCUGGAAUCCUCCAGUGUUCAGGCCAACUAUAUUCAGUGUGGCAGUUUAGUGUUUAAUUUGCAGUCCUCCUCUGAGCCCACCUUACAGAAGGCUAGCAGGAUAGAAACUCUGUGCUGUAAAGAUAAGAGCGAGAAAGUAGAAGUGCCCAGCAGCAGUCAGGUUCAAGAGCAGAAGACCGAAACAGUUAAAGAGAGUGAGGCAAAGCAUCCCAGGUCAAGGCUUCCAGUCAAAGCAUCAGGCUGGUCAUUUCACACACAAGGAACUGCCAUUGGGAAGCAGAAACCCAAACAAGCAGUAGCAGGUGAGGUCAGGAAAAGAGGAGAGCCAGUGAUUGCCAAAGUAGAGCCUAGAUCAAGGAUACCAGUCAAAGACGUUAAAAAGAGCAGUCCUUCUGCUACAGCUAGCUUACCUGUCUCAGUUCGUAUUACCUCACAUCCAGUAAAGACACUGAAUACAGGGAGAGCAGCCAUACAACUGCCCACAAGGCAACCACAGAAGGAUAGGCAUCAGUUCAGCAGUGUCACCAGUGAGGGAGCAUCUAGACAAAACAGACAGGAUAACCCUAGUGAUCUUUGUAAGCGCACCAUUGAAUACUUUAAAGACAUUAGCGGGGAGACGCUAAAGUUGGUGGACCGCCUGUCAGACGAGGAGAAAAAGACGCAAACAGAGCAGUCGGAGGAAGACAGCACCUCCCGAAGCACCUCUCUGUCGGACGCCUCCCAGCCUUCCCAGCCCUCCCAGCCCUCCCGCUCAUCCAGGUCUGGUAGAGGUUCGAGGGCUGAGGCCGGGGCCGCGUCCGUAAGGGCAAAGGUGGCGACGACGGACAGGGGUUCCGGCAGUGAGAGGAGCAGAAGGAGUAGGCGGACUGGUGGGAAGGAGGGCAGUCAGGGACUCACAGGGUCUCGAACGCCUCCCAUCGCGGAGAUCAAGCCUAGUCCCCAAAGUCCUUGUGAGCGAACAGACUUGCGCAUGGCUAUCGUUGCAGAUCACCUGGGGCUCAGCUGGACAGAGCUGGCUCGAGAGAUGAACUUCACAGUGGACGAGAUCAACCACAUCAGACUUGAGAACCCUAACUCUCUGACAGCACAGAGCUUCAUGCUACUUAAGAAAUGGGUCAGUCGUGAAGGGAAAAAUGCCACAACGGAUGCCUUAUCUGAAGUGCUGACCAAAGUCAAUCGGAUGGAUAUUGUGACUUUGCUGGAGGGCCCAAUAUUCGACUAUGGUAACAUUUCAGGCACGAGAUGUUUUGCCGAUGAUAACGCUGUUUUCCGGGAUCAGGCUGAUGAUUAUCAGAGCAUUCUAGCCGAGCUGCAGUCCCCUGCCGCUCUGCAGAACACCCUCCAUUUCCUGGAGCCUGAACUCCCUGUCACCCCCAACCCUUCCCUUGCCCAGCAUCAGCAUCUCCAUUACCCCAAACCAGAAAACUCUUGCAAUCAGCCUCAGUUCGCGGAUUGGAGUCCAGUUGUUGAUCCUUGUAGUAAAGAACCAGACAGCCCACCUAAGAGUCCCCCCAGGCCCUGUGAGCUUGCCUUGCCUGCCCCAACCUUUGAUUUUCCCGACCCCCUUCCUCCUAAGGUCAGAAAGCCCCACAUUGCUUUGAACGACCAGCUGCUUUUGAGUGAAGAGGAGGACAGACCUUUUCAAGAAAUGGAGCCCACCCUCAAGCCCAGAUCCCAGUCCUUUCCAACAAAGUGCGAAUUGGACAUCGACAUGGCGUUCUCUACCUCUUCGCCUUCGCUGUCAUCCAUGUCAUCGAUAACCCCAUCGUCCCCUGAUAGAUCAUGUACAGGUAUGCGGUUGGGAAACACCUCAGAUGGAGCACAAGAAGAUAUAGGUCAGACAGGCGGUCAAGUGGAAGUGAAAGAAGAAAUUGAGGAAGUGGUUGAGAUUGUUACGGCGCAGUUGGUAGAGAGGAACGGAUUAGUAGAGAAGUUGGUAGAACAGGAAUUGAUUAAAAAUGUGGAAAGAAAGUGUGAGAUGGUUGCAAAAGACAGGUCUCAGUUGGUGGAGGAAGGGAUAAUUUUCCUGAAACCGAAGUGGUCCACAGAGCAGGAUAAAGAUUAUGUUAAUGAGCAAUACGAUGACGUUCGAGAUGGGAGUAGAACAGCAGCAUGUGAGGAGGAGAAGGCUGAAGAUGAAUGCAAUAUCUUAAUGGAGCAUGUUAGUCUAAUAGAUAAAAUGGUCAAAGAGGCUGUUGGUCAAUCACUGGAUCUUGGGAAAAGAGUACAAGUGAAGGAAAAAAUGGAAGAUCCUAAGUCAGAACUGCAGUCUAAAGAUGGACAAGACAUCUGUGACACAUUAGAAGGGGCAACAGAACGCCAGACUUUGUCUGACCUUUCCCCUCAAGCUUGGGUUGAAGCACUUGAGCAACUGCAGCCCUAUGAGUCUGGAUCCAAUGAGAAAAAUGAGAAGCAGAGAGGCAGAGAAAUUCCAGAGGAGGCAUUAGGAUCUCUGUUGAAGGAGGUGAAUAAAGAAGGCUCAGAGGAGAAGGAGGAGGAGGACGAAAAGGUGACUCAAUCCAGGAAUCAGGAGAGACUUGAAGAGGUUGAACAUGCAGAAAAAAACAUAUGUUCACUUUCAGGAUGGCACAGCAACUCAUCCAGUGUCAAUGUUGAGCCGCCAACUCCGGGCCGCAGUGUCAGCUCAGACUUACUCGACAAGCAGGAAAGUCAGGAAAACUCUAGUGAGUCUAUCACCUCCUCAUCUAGAGCUGAAUCAGGGAGGUCCAGACCUAACGGUGAUAACUCAAAGCACUCACCUCAGGACGCCUCAUCAGACUCAUCUAACGGCAGAAAAGACGGGACGCCAGUGUCGGAGAAAAAAGUGCAGGUUAGUGUAGAUUCUGGUUCAGAGGAAGAACAGACUGUAACCACCAGAAUCUACAGGCGGCGUCUCAUUAUAAAGGGAGAAGAAGCAAAAAACAUCCCAGGCGAGUCUGUGACAGAGGAGCACUACAUGGACCACGAUGGUAACCUCAUCAGUAGAAAAGUGAUCAGGAAGGUAAUUCGGCGAGUCUCAACUCCCACUCCAGAAAACCAAGGAGGUGACAGGUGGCACAGUGACCUCCACCACAGUCCCACUCAGCAGGAUUAUGGCCUGGGGAUGGAGCGAGGAAAUGCAGACUAUCGGGGGACAAAAAGCAUCUCUAGUAGGGAUGGGUUUGGUUUAGCAGGCUUACAGGAACUACGUUAGAUGUUACCUGGGAUUAAGCACUCAAACCAUUUUGGGAGCUCCAUCCAUUGUGAGGGAUUAAAAUAAAGGUCCAGUCUGCAGAAUUUCUGCAUCAAACAAAUGUUUAUCCCGUAAGAGGAGCCACACCUUCUCAGAUUUACGCAUGAGCAUGAAAAACUCACUUUUGGUCACCAUGAGGACCAGGAAGUUUCUUUCUCUGUUUUUUAUUCUUUGGGGGGGGACUGCGGUGGACCAGUAGACAGUGAUUCUGCUUCCUGUUUUGUGUGAAACAGUCUGUGCCGUGGAUCCACUGGUGGUGCGAGAACCUUCUUGAGGAGCAUCAUUUGCUGUGGAAAUAAUUAUUAUAAUAAUAAUAAAAAAGACUGCAAAGGCACAACUGUGACCAAAGAUGGCACAAAUGCUCAAGGGAAGAAUAAAGCGGAUAUGGAACCACAAAAAUAACCUACAAAACACUUCUGACCCGACUACAACACUCGCCUUAUAGUUUUUUCUUGAUUCAUUACUGUCAGGAUGUAAAUUCUUUGGGGAUUUUUUUUUUGUUUGUUUUUGCUCCUUUUUAAAACUUAAACUAACAAAAGAGCUUUUUUUCUGUAUAGAAAAUGACUGUGUAUACUUCUGAAAUAAAGGGCGAGUUAGUAAUAAGAGUGCACUGAGGAGAUGGAUCUUUUCAAGUGCUUUCAUAAUCUACAGAAGCAGUUCCACUUUCAAAGAUCUGACUGUAACUUCACAAGUUCUUGUAUAUUUAAUUAUUAGAGCAGGUUUAAUGUUUGUACACACAAAAAAGCUGGUUUGAUUUUAAUAGGGACAAAGGGGUGGGAGGAUUUCCAGAAACUUUCUGUUCCCAUCCUGGGAGCUGAUCUAAUCCUGCAAAAAAGAAAAAGAAAAGAAGCAGCCUUUCAGAGUAACUCAUAUUUUCAUGCAUGCUGUUCACCUUAUUUUAGGUACAAUUUUUACAAGUUUGCAAACACUGUAUUUAAGUGACAAAACCCUUUAUCUCUGUACACCUGAAGCCCUGAAACUUGUCACCAGUUUUAUAUUUUGGACUGGCAAAGGAUGCCAUUGACGUGUUUUUAAUGCUGGGGGUUGGGAUGAAAAAAAAAACAAACAACACAUAUAUAGCUUGUUGAGAAUGUGAUGUCUCGUCUGUCUGUGUUGAAAAACCGAGAGAGGGCCGGCUUCCGCUUAGAGGACAAGGUGACCUGAAUGUAAAUGCUUGUAGGCUGGUUCGCUGUAAUAUUCAACUCGUUCUUUGUGUAUUGGCGAUAAGGUAUUGGAGUCCCUGUACACUGUUAGACUGUAAUCAUUUUUAGCUGAGUGUCGAUUUGGUUUUCUAACAUCUGGUGUGGUGUUAAAGAAGAAGCAUUGGGGCUUUUUUAUUAUUAUUAUUAUUUUUCUGGACAUAUAAUCAUGGGUGGGUGGGAGGUGAAAUAUCUCCUUGGUUUAAAACACAUUAAGGACACAUAAAGGAUUUAUUUGAUUGUAGCUCUACAUAGCAUAAUGUAUGACAAAACACUGGAUGGAUCCAAACAAUAAUUUAAACAUAAAAUAAAUUAUGUUUAACUCUGAAACUGUGUGAUAUCUCUUUAGACUUGAGAGUCUGUAUAUGCAGUGUGAAAUAGAAAUGUUCUCACUAGCUCACUGAGAGGAUUUUAUUUUAUAUUAGGAGCCAUCUUUGUAUUGGUUUUCAUUAGAUACCCAUGUAGUUCUAAAGUGUGGUGUUCUACUGAUGCGAAGCCUCAGUAUGCUGAUGUCUAGCUGUGGACAUGGAUAAAAAAAAACAAUGUGACCUGUUUUUUAUUUUCCUUUUUUGGGGCACGGGGGUGUUUGGAAGAAGUCAGGUAUGGUGUAAAAUUACAUCCCCUUCUACUGCUAUGUCAAUCAGGGGUAAAGAAGAUCCUUUGAUAUGGUUCGAAAAUCUUUUUUCUUUUUUUUUGUCAAUUUUGUUUGAUAAGUGUUUUCACCUGAGCAGACUUUUUGAUGUACAAUUCUUACUAACAGAGUGAAGCCAUUGAAAAUGUAACUAUUCUAGCACUUUGGUUAUUCAAGGUCUUUUAGAGGCUAUAGCAGCAAAUGAUGCCACCACAAAUGUUUCAGACAUCUUUAAAAAAAAAUUCAACCUAAAAAUAAAAAAAAAAAUUAAAUAAAUAAAAAUGCUAAGAUUUCGCAAUA